AUGGAGUUGUACAGCUUCCAAUACCCACCUCGCCCACUCCCUUUCCAAACCUAUAGACCCUCACGGUACUACUUCCACAGCCUCGACCAGGACCAACAGCUCGUCAGAAAAGCCGGUGGGCCGCAUAGCUUCUACCAGAAGGAAGGUGCACCACCCACGAUUGUCUCUAAGGCGGCCAUGCAUGCUGAUACUGCGGUCGUUGCGAGGAUGAUGAGUGCUUCAGCGUUUGGAGGAGAGGAUGGUGUGAGGUCGGAGGAGGAUAUUCGGGCCAAGGUUGAGGUUGAUGGAGGGAGGGCGGGGAGUGGAGGGUUGAAGGUUUUAGAUCGGACAAAGUUUUUGGUUGACUGA